AAAACAGUAUGUAUGCAUCUCUUUAUCCCUUAAAACAGCCCGGCAUAAUCUUUAUCGCAGGAUAUUAAAAGUGGAAUCUCAUAAGUAAAAUAGUUCUUAGUAUGCAGGCAUUUGUUUUGCACGCGAGGGGGAAGAAGGGGGUAAGCCUACCACCACACACUAUCAGGAAACCUUGCCACUAAACAUAACUCUGUGAAGUUUCUGAACUUACUACAUCAGGAGCUGGUACAUAUCGUCUGUGGAUUCCUAUAGCCAGGACGUGUGAUGUACGUGUGCUAGCUAGGAAGUAUGUGCCGGUAACUGUACUAGUGUUCAGUGGAGCUACCUAGCUGGAUAUGUCCGGACUAUAGACAGAAGGACGCUUACCUGUGUGGACAUUAGCUGGGGUGAAUGGCAACUAUUCUGAGGACUCGUUAGAAAGGAUGUGAGACCAGAAUGACGGCUGAUGAUUUCAGGAGGACGCUGGUUUGGUGGUUGGUCCUCGGUAUCCUCGCUGGUGUCGUCGCCGUCGUCUACGUCACGAGUGUCUCGUCCUUUCACGCAAUCAUCGACCGGACCAACUCAAGCUAUGAUUUCGUAAUUGUGGGUGCCGGUACAGCCGGGUCAGUCUUGGCCAGUCGUCUUACAGAGGACAGCGAUGUUAAGGUUUUACUUCUGGAGGCUGGAGGCGAGGAGACACGUGACCCAAAUCUGCACGUGCCGCUACUGUCUUCUCUACAGAAGAACCCGGAUUUUGAGUGGAUGUAUUACACAGUGCCACAGAAAUAUGCUGCUAUGGGGAUGAACGACAGGACUCUCCGUAUCCAGAGGGGACGUGCCUUGGGCGGGACCAGCAUCCUUAAUAAUAUGCUCUACCUUCGAGGAAGUAAGCGUGGCUAUGACGAGUGGGAGAAGGCCGGCUGUAGGGGGUGGGGCUUCCGUGACGUCAUUCCAUACUUCCUCAAGUCCGAAGACAAUGAAGGAGAUAAUUUCAAACCUUCAGCCUACCACGCCGCCAAGGGUCCCCUGAUGGUGACGCCCGUCUCUAGUCCUCACCCGCCUCUGGACGACACAUUUAAACAAGCUGCUCAGCAACUUGGCUACAAAGACAUGGACUGUAACGGCAAGGAAUCUCUAGGUUACUGUGGAGCGCAGGCUACCACAAAGAAGGGAGUUCGAGUUAGCACCUCUAAUGCUUUUCUCAGACCCGCAAUGGCGCGACAGAACCUUCACGUGGCUCUUUUUGCCCACGUUACCAAGGUGCUGAUAUCCAAUGGGAAAGCGGUAGGCGUGGAGUUUCUGAGGAACGGCCGGAGAGAAAUUGCUGGAGCUACCCAGGAAGUGAUCCUGUCCGCCGGACCAGUGGCUACGCCCCAGAUUCUCAUUCUUUCGGGCGUGGGGCCAAAAGAUCUUCUGUCCGAUCUCAAGGUGGCGCCCCAGUCGAUAAUUCCGGUGGGAGAGAAUUUGUUCGAUGGCUUGAUGGUUCCCAUGCGGGUGUUCAUCAACGAGAGCUUCACCAUCACGCCCGCUCGAUCCACAAGCGUCAUCAGCCGGAUGAAGUACAAGGUGUCCGGUGCCGGUUAUUUACCUAUGCCCGCCGGCAUGUUUGGACAUAUUUUUGCAUCAUCGGAAGAGGGAAGUGAAACACCGGAUUUACUUAUCUCUGGAAUGGCAACACUUCCGGAAGCUUGGGAGGGUUUCGACUGGAACCUUAAACCAAAUAUCCUGAAGGAGAUGACGGAGAACAGUGAUAACAAUGAGGAGGGGAUGAUUCUCAUGGUCCAGCUGCUGACUCCGACUAGUGUCGGGAGGGUCACACUAAAGAGUACCAAUCCCUUCGAGCAUCCCACUAUAGAUCCUCAUUAUCUCGAGGAUCCGGCCGAUAUUAAGGCGCUCAUCAAAGGAAUGAAGCUUGCCUUCAAAUUAACAAGAACUAAAGCCUUUAAAAGGUUAGAACCAAAGCUCCCCAGGAGAUUUAUUCCGAAGUGCUCUAAGCAUAAGGUCAACAGUGACCCGUACUACGAGUGUCUGAUCCGCUACUUGGCGGUGUCCUCGGAGACUGUGGGGGGCACGUGUAAGAUGGGAGAUAUCGCUGACAACGCCACGGUGGUGGAUUUACAUCUGCGGGUGAAAGGUAUUCAUCAACUGCGAGUCGUUGAUGCCUCAGUUCUACCAUCACCUCUUUCCGGUGCAUCGUACGCACCCGUUGUCAUGGUAGCAGAAAAAGCAGCUGACAUUAUCAAAAAGAGUUAUCAGAGGCGACAUAAACGCCGACAUAGCUGAUAAAAAACAGUUAUAGUAUCGCCAUAUCACUGUGUAACAUUAACGAAGUCAUUUCAAUGUAGGGAGUGCAUGGUUCGAUCUUUCCUCUUCUUUUCAUAAAAAGGCAUGACGAUAUAUGAUGUUACAACAUGUUUGUUAAUUAUGAUAUUAUAGUAGUGUCUUAUCGCCCCUGUUUGCUGUACAUGUUUUAUCUCCAUUAUUCGACGAUACUAGUGUAGUGUAGUGUAUAUGUAGUCGUCCCUUUUGAUGAUGAUAUUGUAGUACAUGUGUUAUCUCCCUUUGUUCUCCCUUCUUUGAUACUGAUAUUGUAGUAUCUCUCCUCUGUGAAUGAUAAUGAUUUAAAACAGGUUAAGAAUUAUGAUUUGACAAAUAAUGGUUUUAUGCAUGUUAUCUCCCUUGUUUAUCGUCAAUUGUAUUGUAUUACGUCUCCGCUUUAUACGAUAAUGCUUUUGUAGACAUCUGAAAUCAAUACAUGUCUUAUCUCCCUUGUUUAGCGAAAAUUAUGUGGUAGGCAUGUUUCAUCUAAUAUGUUUUACGACAAAAGUGUAGUUCUUGUGGUAUCUCACAUGUUUGGCGAUAAUGAUGUGACAAUCGGGAACCGUUGGCACUUUCUCAUAAGAACAAAACACCGCAAAGUGCUGACGAUUCCCAAUUCCCGAUUGAAUGUGGUAAACAUGAGUUAUCUCCCUUAUUUUACGCCUAUUGUUAGUACAUGUGUAUAUAUUGUAAUACUUGAUAUUCAUUUGUGGUCGAGACGAAGGCUAUUAAUAUAUAUGGGGAUAUAUAUCCAGUGUUGUAUAUCUAGUGGCUCUAUUUAUAGAAAAGACAUCAGCCAUGACAUUUCCCGAGGUUGAAUGUGUGCAGUAUCAUGGGAAAAUCUACGAUGUACGAUGUACAGCUAAACCUUCUUUCAUCUUAACUGCUCAUGUUUCAUAUCAAAAUAUUCCAGUAUUUUUUUCUACCUGUAUAUUACAAAAUACAACAACAUUUCGCUAAUAUGUCAUCCUUUUGUAUGACAUGUACACGUACAAUGUGAUUUCAGAGGAUGAUGGAGGCUGUAUUCGUAUGGGCGUUAUGCAUCAAACUAAUGCUAAGUAGUCGCUUCUAAACUACUGCAUGUCAUUAAAUUUCAUACGAAAAUGCGUUCUUUGUACAAAUAAUACGCCCAUCUCGGCGUUGUUAAAGUCGUGCUUGGAAAAAAAACGUAUCAUGAAUCAGCUUCUAUGAUUGUCUCUAAGCUAGGCUGUUAGAAUUUCGAUACAAGCAUGCCAUUUCGUUAUGAUUUUAUGCAAAUAUAAAUUUGUAACUGUUAAGUUCAUCCAUAUGCUUAACUAUAAUAAGCGAUCGUUCUAUAGCUAUCUACAUUAUUGACAACUGAUCGUUUAUGUGUAACAAUCGGUUUGGUUGUUUUUAAAUAUAAUAUUUUCGGGUAUAAACCCUUACGGACCUGCAAAUGUUUAUGCAGGCCUUACAGGGCGUUGUUAAGGCUCGCCUAAAAGUAGCAUCAGCUUACUAGGUCCUAUCUUAUUUCAUAAACGAACAACUAUGGUCAAACCGGUUUAACCGGUUCAACCGCGAUAAACGAAAGCGGCCCAGAAUCCGCCAUUAUAAAUUUUUUGAUAUUUGGUUUUGACAUUAGAAUUAUUGAGGAAUUCCUGUUUACACUUCUGGCCUGUUUACUUGUAUAUUUGCGUGUGAAUGAUAUUAAAUGUUUUAGUCAGUUUAGUGAGGAAUGCCAGUAAACUGAAUCGGUUAAUUAAAUGUGUGUUAGACCUAAUUGACUAGAACCAUUUACAGAAUAUGUAAACUAGGUAGUCCCAAGUGUUAGUCUCGACUUAUGCGGAUAGUUUGAAUUACUAUUGUGUCAUGUUAAUUUUAGGAAAAUAAAUUAUUUAAAAAAAA